AUGUGGCAACGCACAAAACAACAGGGCAAGGUCGGCUUCGACAAAGUCUGGGGCUGGGCCGACAAACUGGGCGACCCGGUCAACAAGCUUUCGAACAAGCUUGGCUCUGAGGCCUUCUGGCCCAUGUCGAUUGACAAGGAAAGCGACAAGGCGGCGCGCAUCUUGUCAAGCUUUUGCAAGGAAGGAUUCGAGAAAGAAGCCUCAUCGUCAUCCUUGUCGUUACCUGCAGCAUCCGCAGCACCACCACCAUCCCCGUCCCCCUCAUCAUCGUCAUCCGGGAAGUUACCCGACGACCCCCGACGACCCAAAGGCAAACAAUACGUCCUCAACAAAAUCCCGCCCGACGUCAUCCGCAACGCCGUCGGCCUCGCCAUCUUCACCACGAUGCGGACGGGCUUCUACAUCUCAGGCGCAUCCGGUUCCGGCGUCCUCAUCGCGCGGCAGGCCGACGGGUCGUGGUCGCCGCCGAGCGGGAUCCUGCUGCACACGGCGGGGGUGGGCUUCCUGGUCGGGAUCGACAUCUACGACUGCGUGCUGGUCAUCAACACGGCGGAGGCGCUCGACGCCUUCUGCAAGGUGCGCUGCACGGUGGGCGGCGAGAUCAGCGCGGCCGUGGGCCCCGUCGGCGCGGGUGGGAUUGUCGAUAGCGAGGUGCAUAAGCGGCGGGCGCCGAUUUUUACGUACGUGAAGAGCAGGGGGUUUUACGCGGGCGUGCAGAUGGACGGGACGGUGGUGAUUGAGCGGAGCGAUGAGAAUGAGAGGUUUUAUGGGGAGAGGGUGCCGGUGGCGAGGAUACUGCGGGGUGAUGUGGGGAAUGUGCCCGAGGAGGCGGUGGCGCCGCUGUGGGAGGCUGUGAAGGCGGCUGAGGGGGCGGAUGCGAAGUUGUUCCCUAUGACGCCGGAGGGGAGGCCGGUGUCUGGCUAUGUGCCGAGGCAUCGGACUAUGCCGAGUAUUAAUUGA